GACAAAAAGGUGUGAUUUUUAUAGUGCAAGCUGUCCCAGGCGAGGCCAGUCCAGAGUGCGGUUGAUUUAUCAAGAUUCAGAAAGGGUCAGAGGAGAAGAUGCCGAGGAGCAGAUUUGCAGGUUCACUCACUUCGCCGAAGGUCGACGUUGUUAUCGACAUGGGCAAUCCCUUCCUCAAUCACACUGUCGAUGCUUUCUUGAAGAUUGGGACGGUAGCUGCUGUCAAAACUGCAGCUGAGGAAUCUUAUUACAUGGUAGAACGAGGAAGGGUUUCACAGGACAAACUUUCACAUGCGUUAAAGAAAAUGUGCAAAGAAGGCGCUUAUUGGGGGACUGUAGCCGGAGUAUAUGCUGGAAUGGAGUUCGGGGUGGAGAGAAUCCGUGGAGAAAGAGAUUGGAAGAAUGCAAUGAUAGGGGGUGCACUAACUGGGGCACUUAUAUCUAUUGCCAGCAGCGAAAACAAAGAGAAAAUUGUAAAGAGUGCCAUAACAGGUGGUGCAAUUGCAACUGCAGCAGAAUUCCUCAAUUAUCUCAAGUGAAACUAUGUCUUAUGCCCCAAUAAUGCUUCCAUGCAUGUAAUAUUCCUCUUUGUUGGCUAUGUAUGAUUCAUAAGACAAAAUAUAACUUUCUCUCGUAGAACAUUGGUGGCAGCUGGCAAGCUUUAUUCUCUCACAACGUUUAACAUCUUUCCCUUAACAUUGAGUUGUCAUUUGUUAACACUAGGAAUUCAGCGUAGCCUGAGCUUGAGUUUGGAAUGAGCAGGAAAACUAUUUCUUUAACACUCCAUAUAAUUUUUAUAAAAGAAAUUGCCACAAAUAGGAUUUAAAACGUUCAAAAAAUUUAAAAUAGAAGUGCCAUAUUUUUAUUCUAUAAAUAUGAGUAAAUAGAGUUUGAAAAUGCUGCCAACUAUAGCACUAUAUAGCCACUUAUGGUAAUAUAUUGUCAUGGUUUAAAUCCCUCUUAUUUAGAGAAAUAAAACAUAAUACUCCUAUUUUGAUAAACGUUUUACUCUUAUUUCAGGAAUUUAGUAACUCAUUACUCAAUGGCAUGCAUGUCAUAGAAUGAAAAAAAUGCAUAAUAUUUUUAGAAAAGAAUCUAUAACUCUGUCUUGGAGAUCUGAACCACAUUCCUUGGGCUUGGUUUGGAUAUGUGAAAGUUUGAGCUCAAGAAUCAAACCAGAAGAAGAUGAAUUCGUAUGUUCAGAGUAUGUUUGCGGAAGAAGAAAGAAAGCAUAUGUUCAGAUCUCAAAAGUUAACCUAAUUACAAAUAAUAGAAGGUGUUUAUACCUUAUACAACUCAAUACUAAAGAAAGCCCAAUAAAACAAGGGAUAAGCCCAAAAUAUAAACUAAACAGUCCAAUGUAAUAUCUUUAAUACGCCCCCUCAAGAGGAGCAUGUAUGUUUUGCAUGUUCAUCUUGAUUGCAAAUUGAUUAAACAGUG